GCAAUGCUGUCGGCCGCGGAUGCGCUGGCUCUCCGGUCCCGAUAGACGACGUUGUGAACGGACUGACCGGGGAACAGAUACAGCUCAGACAAACCAUCCACAGAUUCUGUCAGGAAAAGCUGGCGCCCAAAGCCCAGGAGAUCGACAAGAACAACAAGUUCAGAGAGAUGAGGUGGAGUUCGGCGGCUCUGCGAUGGGAUACCUGGAUCACGUGAUCGUGAUGGAGGAGAUCUCCCGCGUCUCUGCCGUGGUGGGGCUCAGCUACGGGGCGCACUCCAACCUGUGUGUCAACCAGCUGGUGCGCAAUGGCAGCCAGGCCCAGAAAGAGAAGUACCUGCCCAAGCUCCUGAGUGGAGAUCAUGUGGGUGCCCUGGCUAUGAGCGAGCCCAAUGCUGGCUCUGAUGUCGUCUCUAUGAAACUGAAGGCAGUGAAGAAAGGGGAUCACUAUGUGCUGAAUGGUAAUAAGUUCUGGAUCACGAACGGGCCGGAGGCAGAUGUUCUGAUCAUUUACGCCAAGACAGAGCCGUCCGCCAAUGCACGGGGGAUCACAGCCUUCAUCCUGGAGAAGCUGUUACAAGGGAAGAUGGCUGACAUGUACAUCCGUCUGAGCUCUUGCAGACAGUAUGUGUACAACGUGGCACAAGCCUGCGACAGGGGGCACUUCAGCGCCAAGGACUGUGCUGGAGUGAUUCUGUACGCUGCAGAAACAGCAACUCAAGCAGCACUUGAUGGAAUUCAGUGCCUCGGUGGGAACGGCUACAUCAAUGACUACCCGAUGGGGCGCUUCCUGCGCGACGCCAAGCUGUAUGAGAUCGGAGCCGGGACCAGCGAGGUCCGCAGACUGAUCAUCGGCAGGGCUUUCAACGCCAUGUACAAAUAAACAGAGCAGGGGCUGAAUACACAGGACUUCUGAGCAGGGAUCCAAACCUGCUGCUCCUGCACCCAGUCCUGGGUUCAUAGCGCUGUACCAGAAUGUCUUCCUUCAGCUGAUUGCCUUUGAGGAAAGUUGCUAUAAUUGUGUUCACUUUGUUACUAUUGUAUAGGAAUGUUUCUAGAUAUAAAAAAAAAAAAAAAAAAAAUCCUGCAUUUGUCAGGUUCCAUGAUUUGCUCAAUGGAACAAUACAAGUUAAUGGUAAUUAUAUAUAAAGUUUAACCAUGAUUUAACCAUGGCUAUGCAUUAGGACCAUUUUAUGAACAGGGACCCUGUAUCCGGAAUGGCAUUAAAACUCCUAUUGCAGAGCACUUUCCCCUGUUCCAGGUGUUAAUAUGAGCUUGAUCAGCCACAGUUUGUAACAAGCGCAGGUGCGUUUUAUUAACUCAUGUACAGCAUUUGUACUCACUCUGCUGCCCCGAGGCACAUCCACAAGCCUGCCUUGUUGUCUAGCCAGCUUGUUUGCAUUCAUCCCUCACGAGUUUUAACUGCAUGAACACACAGCCUCCUCCCCCCUGUUCUGUCCAAUGCCUUCCCUCCACAGCGCAGUCCUGGGUGGAGACCUCAGCACUUACAGCUACUGGCCACCAGAGGUCACACCUCUCAGCUGAUGUUGUUUUAUUUGAUUCUUAACAUUAUUAGUUGAUUUUAUGAAAGCAGAUAUAGAGAUAUAUAAUUCAACAUAUUAGCGACAAAACCCAGUCAGAAAGAUUGCAAACAGCAGGGAAAAAAGCUAAAUGAAACGCAAAUAAGCAAUGCAAUCAUUUGAAGCGAUUUACUGCUUGAUGAAUGAUCAGCUUUUUCUGAAAAAUAACACUGUUGACUACAAAGAUGAAUGCAAUUCAAGCUAGUGUGCCAUCACAAGAGUGCUGAACAUCUAUUAAAAGCUGUUUCCUCUUACUGGCAUGAACAGUGCUACUGUGUGCUGGGGAGAUGCGUGUCCACUGCUUGUUUACAUAUCUCAUGUAUGUUAUCUCCUAUUUCACUGAAAGGACUGUAACAGCAGUUCAUUGUAUUAUUGUUAUUAUCAGCAGUAUUCUUUACCAAACCAGAGUCAGGCAGCGCAGUAAGGAUCUCUAAGGUACUCUCAGGCUGUUACUUGUCAGGGUUUAUCCCCUUUCAGGAAAUAGGAGUGAAUUGAAGACUGGAGCUCUAUACCCCAGAUUUAAAACAAUAUCGCUGCGUAUACUUUGUGCUGAGUGUGUGACAUGUACUGAUUAACAACAAGAUGGAAAUGUCAGCUCUUCAGAGGAAUAAAACA